ACAUCACGUGCUCACAUCGCCCUUUUUCACACUCGACAAAAUGGCGAAUGAGGCUGUUACUCAAGUCCAAGAGAUCAGGGACAUUACUAAAAUUGAGCGAAUUGGUGCUCAUUCUCACAUACGGGGGCUGGGACUAGACGAUGCAUUGGAACCAAGACCGAUAUCGCAAGGUAUGGUAGGACAGCAGGCAGCAAGGAGAGCAGCUGGAGUUAUAUUGGAGAUGGUAAAGGAUGGUAAGAUUGCUGGUAGAGCUGUACUGAUUGCUGGGCAGCCUGGGACUGGUAAAACAGCCAUUGCAAUGGGUAUGGCCCAAGCUCUAGGUAGCGAUACCCCAUUCACUGCUAUUGCUGGCAGUGAAAUAUUCUCACUGGAAAUGAGCAGGACUGAAGCACUCACUCAAGCAUUCAGACGAUCUAUUGGCGUUCGAAUAAAGGAAGAAACUGAGAUUAUUGAAGGUGAAGUGGUUGAGAUUCAAAUUGACAGGCCAGCAAACACAAGUGGUGCUAAAGUUGGCAAGCUAACUCUUAAGACAACUGAAAUGGAGACAGUUUAUGAUUUGGGGACUAAAAUGAUUGAGUCACUCACAAAAGAAAAGGUUCAAGCUGGUGAUAUAAUUACUAUUGACAAAGCCACAGGAAAGAUCAGUAAAUUAGGACGAUCGUUCACACGUGCGAGAGAUUAUGAUGCAAUGGGUCCUCAGACCAAAUUUGUUCAGUGUCCUGAGGGCGAGUUACAGAAGAGGAAGGAGGUCGUCCACACUGUCUCGCUCCAUGAGAUUGACGUUAUUAAUAGCAGGACUCAGGGGUUCCUGGCACUGUUUUCAGGUGAUACUGGAGAGAUUAAAAGUGAAGUGAGAGAUCAGAUAAAUGCAAAAGUCAGUGAAUGGAGAGAAGAAGGAAAAGCUGAAAUUGUGCCAGGAGUCUUGUUCAUUGAUGAGGUUCAUAUGUUGGACAUUGAGUGUUUCUCUUAUCUCAAUCGUGCUCUUGAGAGUGACAUGGCACCCAUUCUUAUAAUGGCUACCAACAGGGGAAUAACAAAGAUACGUGGUACUAAUUAUCCCAGUCCUCAUGGCAUCCCCAUUGACCUAUUGGACCGAUUAUUAAUAAUAUCAACAAAACCUUACACUGAGAAAGAAAUAAAGCAAAUACUGACCAUCAGGUGUGAGGAAGAGGAUGUUGAAAUGAGCGAGGAAGCUCUUGAGAUAUUAACACGGAUAGGGAUGGAGACCUCACUCCGAUACUCUAUUCAACUGAUAACAGCUGCUAGCCUGGCCUGUAGGAAGAGAAAGGGUACUGAGGUUGAUGUUGAUGACAUUAAGAGGGUCUACUCUCUAUUCCUUGAUGAGCACAGAUCAACCCAAUUCCUUCAAGAGUACCAGGACCAGUUCCUAUUCAGUGAAGACACGUCCAAACCCUCAGCUCCACCUCCUUCCAAUGAGCAGAUGGAGACAGCCUGAGCUCACUUGCCGUGUAUCAGUCAAAAAGCUGCAACCUUGUACAUAAACAAAACUGCUAACACAUACAGUACACACAUGCUUGACCAUUUUCUUUCUAUUUGGAUGAGUCACUUACUAAUAAUUAUAAGUGAACUUGUGAAUAAAGAAAGUAGUGUACAAUAGAAUGGGGGGAAGUGGCAAGAUUUAAUUUGUCAGUUGUUUGAAAGAUUAUGAAUUUA